CAUACUCAGACGUAAACAUCGUUUAGAAUGUUGGUUUAUAGGUGUUCGAUUUUCGAUAAGAUAGGAGAAAUCCACCACAAAAAAUUGUAAAAGCGGCAAAUCAUAACGACAAAAGCUUUGGACACUGCACGUUGUCAGACACCGGGCUAUGCCGAUUAUCUUAAUUUGUUUUGUCAUCACAUUUCGUAUCCAAAAUUCUCUAGAAAUAGUACACAACUAUGAGUUCGGGCGAAGAGUCCAUUGUUGAGCAGCUAAAGCGCUCUGUGGAGGCCUUGGUCGCUAAGACGGGGCCGCAUAGCAGAUUUGCCGAGGAUCUUAUACAGAAAAUUGGCAAUCUACAGGCAAAAAUGGAUUCGCUGACCGAAGGCGAUCGCCACAAGUUUCUCAGCGAGAUGAAGGGCUCCAUUCAGGACGCGAUUGUGCGCAUCGAGCGCCGUUUGCUGCAGCAUUCGCACAUUGCCCAAACCUAUACCACGUCCAUUGUGGUAGCUGUGAUAUUCCUUGUCGUCUCAGUAAUCGCUCUAUUUGGCUUCAAGCUGUACAAGUCGCUGAUGGAGAAGGAGCUCAAGAAGCGGGAGAAACUGAAGAGCAAGCAGCAAAAGAAGACCAAGAAGUCCAAUUGAAUAUUGGUGCACAGCCCCAUAUAUUGCCCAUAGCUUCUGAUACUUCCGGCUCCUUCCGGCUGCUGGCUCCGAGCGCAGACGCUGUGCAAUAGAUUCUUAAAAUUUAUAUUAAAUUGAGUAUAUAUUGCGUUUUUCUUUUAAAUGAUAAUCAAAAUAAAUUCCCUGUAAAUGAAUAAAUAAUUGU